CCUCGCCUCGGGUGCCCCAGUGCCAGGGUGCGCGGCGGGGAACCCAGGCGCGCGGGUCCAGCGUCCCCUUCCUCCGCGGCAGGGGGAGGAGAAGAUCGCAGACGGCUGAAGAAGGCAGUGACGACGCUUCAGCCCCCGCCCCAAGCCGGUCCCGCCGUGACGCCACGACGAAGCUCGCAGGCGCAGCAGCUCCUGACGGCUGUUGUAUCCGGCUGGUGCCUUUUUUCUCUUCCCCCCUCCUCCCUCUCCCCGUCUCUUCCUCCCUCCCGUCCGCCCACCUUUCCCAGAGCCGCCGCCGCUGCUGUGCGCGCGCGCCUGCUCCGCCUCCUGCGUGUCUGGUCGGCAGCGCCUCCGCUCUCCCCGGCUGCCCCAUGAAGCGAUGGCAGCGGCCAACUUCGGCAAGAUCCAGAUAGGAAUCUACGUGGAGAUCAAGCGCAGCGAUGGCCGAAUUCACCAAGCUAUGGUAACAUCCCUAAAUGAAGAUAAUCAAAGUGUAACUGUUGAAUGGAUUGAAAAUGGAGAUACUAAAGGCAAAGAGAUUGACCUGGAGAGCAUAUUUUCACUUAAUCCAGAUCUUGCACCUGACGAUGAUACUGAACCUAGUCCAGAGACACCACCACCACCUACUCCAUUAGCCAAAGUAAAUAGAAUUGUGAAGAGUCGACGAACUGUGGCACCUAUUAAGAAUGAUACCUCUGCUAGAGAUAACAGAGUGGUUGGUUCUGCACGUGCACGGCCCACUCAGCUUCCAGAACAGUCUUCCUCCUCACAACAGAAUGGUAGUGUUCCAGAUAUAUCUCCAGUUCAAGCUGCAAAAAAGGACUUUGGACCCCCUUCACGUAGAAAAUCUAAUUGUGUAAAAGAAGUUGAAAAAUUGCAAGAGAAACGUGAAAAAAGAAGAUUACAACAGCAGGAACUUAGAGAAAAAAGAGCUCAGGAUGUUGAUGCUACAAACCCAAAUUAUGAAAUUAUGUGUAUGAUAAGAGAUUUCAGGGGAAGUUUGGAUUAUAGACCACUGACAACUGCCGAUCCUAUUGAUGUGCACAGGAUAUGUGUUUGUGUACGAAAACGACCACUCAAUAAAAAAGAAACUUUAACGAAAGACCUUGAUGUAAUAACAAUUCCUAGUAAAGAUGUUGUGAUGGUACAUGAGCCAAAACAAAAGGUGGAUUUAACAAGGUACCUAGAAAACCAAACUUUUCGUUUUGAUUAUGCCUUUGAUGACACGGCUCCUAAUGAAAUGGUUUACAGGUUUACAGCUCGACCAUUAGUGGAGACCAUAUUUGAAAGGGGAAUGGCCACUUGUUUUGCAUAUGGGCAAACAGGAAGUGGAAAAACCCAUACUAUGGGUGGUGACUUUUCAGGAAAGAACCAAGAUUGUUCAAAAGGAAUAUAUGCACUUGCAGCUCGAGAUGUCUUUUUAAUGCUAAAGAAGCCAAACUAUAAGAAGUUAGAACUUCAAGUAUAUGCAACAUUUUUUGAGAUCUAUAGUGGUAAGGUUUUUGACUUGUUGAACAGGAAGACAAAAUUAAGAGUGUUAGAAGAUGGUAAACAGCAAGUCCAGGUGGUGGGAUUACAGGAACGGGAAGUCAAAUGUGUUGAAGAUGUUCUUAAGCUUAUUGAAAUAGGCAACAGCUGCAGGACAUCUGGUCAGACAUCUGCAAAUGCACACUCAUCUCGAAGCCAUGCAGUGUUUCAGAUUAUUCUCCGAAGGAAAGGGAAAUUGCAUGGCAAAUUUUCUCUGAUUGAUUUGGCUGGAAAUGAAAGAGGAGCAGAUACUUCCAGUGCAGACAGACAGACACGGCUGGAAGGUGCUGAAAUUAACAAGAGCCUUUUAGCACUCAAGGAGUGCAUUAGAGCCUUAGGCCGAAAUAAACCUCAUACACCAUUCAGAGCAAGUAAGCUUACUCAGGUGUUAAGAGAUUCAUUCAUAGGAGAAAACUCCCGUACCUGUAUGAUUGCUACAAUUUCUCCAGGGAUGGCAUCAUGUGAAAACACUCUAAAUACAUUGAGAUAUGCAAAUAGAGUAAAGGAAUUUGGAAUUAGUCCUUCGGACAUUCCCUUCUCACAGGGUAGUGGCAGUCGCCCUGAUCUCUCUCCUUCCUAUGAGUAUGACGACUUUUCUCCUUCAGUCACCAGGGUGAAGGAGCUGACAGUUGAGCCUGGUGCUACAGGGGAUAUCCGUCCCAUUAUACACCACACUCCCAAUCAGAUUGAUGACUUGGACACGCAAUGGAGCCUGGGGAUCUCUCCUCAGAGAGAUGAUCUCAAACUGUUAUGUGAACAAAAUGAAGAGGAAGUUUCUCCACAAUUGUUUACUUUUCAUGAAGCUGUGUCACAAAUGGUAGAAAUGGAAGAACAAGUAGUAGAAGACCACAGGGCUGUCUUCCAGGAAUCUAUUAGAUGGCUGGAAGAUGAAAAAGCCCUUCUUGAGAUGACAGAAGAAGUAGACUAUGAUGUGGAUUCUUAUGCUACACAACUUGAAGCAAUUCUAGAGCAGAAAAUUGAUAUUCUGACCGAACUUAGAGAUAAAGUGAAAUCUUUCCGAGCAGCUCUACAAGAGGAGGAACAGGCCAGUAAACAGAUCAACCCGAAAAGACCACGUGCCCUUUGAAAUGGGCCUUUGCUGCUAAAGGAAUCCACAAACCCUUACUGCUGUAGCACACAUUUGUUACAAAACCCAGUGGCUGUAAGAACUCAACUACUUGAAAGUGUGAAAACAUUAGAAAUGUCUGUGGAAAUGUCCUGUUUCUUAUUCACCUGAAUUACAUUUUUGGUUUUGUGUGAAAUGCUCCUAUGAUGUCUACAAAAUGCUUCUAGACCAGACAGUACAACCAUGCAGGGUUCAGAUCCAUGAAGCACUUUGUUUAAAAUAUUUCAUUUAUUCAAAUUGUGAAUUUUAUGUUUGGAAAUAUUUGCCAAGUUUUUAAUAAUGAAGUAGAACUGUGGCCAUUAAAAAGUCACAAUAUUUCCUUUUAACUGUGUUCAGUUUUGUUACAAAGACCAGCUAUGCAGUUUUAAAUUGUGUUUGCGUGCAUGCACACCUCACUCGUCGUUGUAUAUAAUUUCUCUUCUACAGACAGCUGUGCUUACCUCUUCCCAUUCUGUGCCUUGAUGAAGGCUACUUAACCCUAAACAUCCUCUUUCUGAAGCACAGCCUUAAUAAACAGCAUUCCUUAGUCAAUAUUAAUUACUUUUAGUCUGUGUACAUUUUUAAUGUGUUUUGAGACUUUUUUUUUUGGUAGCUAGAUCAUUCAUUUCACAGGAUGUGCCACAUCAUUUGAACAGGAACUGCAAGAGCUGUUAGAGUGGACAAACAGCUGGACUUUCCAUCCUCCUUGUAAAAAAUCUGGAAUCUAGAUUUAUUUGAAUACCAUAAAGAAUAGUUAUGCAAUUCAAACAUUUUUCUCAAGGAAAAAAAGAAUCAAAAAACAAAAAUAUAAAUUAGUUGAUGUAUAAAAAAAGUAAUGUUUAAGUACUGAGGAGAGUUGUAACAGGAUAAUGCUGGUAUGUAGUAUGUGGUAUGGGAUGAUAAUGCUGUCAGAAAAAAGGUACAAUCUGAGCUCUGUAUAUGGAUAGGAUAACUGUCAAAGUUCAAGGAUCCAGCUAAAGAAAUACAUAUUGGCUUUUCACCUACUGUUAAAAUUUGGCUUUUGAUCCAUGACAGACUUACAUGUACAUUAACUGUAGUUUGCAGGCAGUUUGAGUAGCUCUAUUGCUUUAAAUAAAAAAAAAAAAGUAGUUAAUACCUAUAUUUCCCUUUAUAUACAGUGCCAACAGCUGAAAAGAGGGGUGAAAUUGCAUCAUUUGAGGAUUUGCAUAUCUCUACCUAGUGCUAGUUGAAAUCUCUCAAGUAUCAAGUACCUGAAUUCUCACAAAGAAUGCGUAUCAGCACUUUUUAGUUGGUGUCACUCAAGUUACUUUUGCAAAUCAAUAUCCAAAAGAUUGACCUUUCAUGUAAGAACUUCUUGUCAAAUGAAGAGUUAUAGACCUCUCUAGGAGUUUUCCCUGUUUCCAGGAGUCUUCCUAUCGGCAGACUUUCACUUGGAACUGUUUAAACAUUACUUGUGGAAUACAAACCUUGUUCAUUUGAGCCAGGCUGGGAGGGAAAUAAAGGGAAUGCAAUGAAAAACAAGAUAAAUGAGCCAGGAAUUCUCAUAGUGUUUAAUGUUUUCAUCUCCUAUAAGAAGGUAGGCUAUAAGAAGUUCUUGUCGCAUCAUGGUUAAAAAUCAAAAAAACAAUCCUCCUGUAUGUAAACAUGAAAAGUGAAACAACAAUGUAGAUUUUACAUAAUGUGUUGAAUAAAUUAAGCUAUUAACUGAAUUACAGAUGAGAAUUUACUUCUAUGAAAGGUCUGUUCUGCUUUGGGAAGGGGUACACUUUGUAAACACAUGCAAGUUGUUGCACUACUAAAAAGGCCUCCGAUUUCAGAAUGAGUAUUUACUUCUGGAAAUGACCAUUCUGUGCAAAUUUGUGAGGUAGGAAGAUGUUCCCCAGAUCCCUGUCCUGACUUUUGUUUUGCAGCAGAUCUCAAAGAAACAUCAUGGCUUGUCAGGUACCAGAUGGAAGUCAAAAUUAUGUCUAGAGGCUGUUAAGAGACUACCUUUGUGAUAGAGCCUGCUGUAAAGAUUAGAUUGACACUGAGACUGAAGCAGUGAGAAUUAAGACAGAUAAACAAUUGAUAUGGCUGGUUACAGCACUUGAAUUCCUGUAACCCAUUGCUCUGAUGGGCUGACAUUAUUUGGAUAGUACUCCGAGAAGCAUAUACUGUUUUGUGCGCUGUAAAACAAAAACAUUUAUAAAGAGCAUGAUGCAAAGCUCCUACAUUUGUUCCUUCUGUGUUGGUCUGUGCGUAUUGCUGUGGCUACUUAACCAUCACUCAAAUUGUUUUGAUAGGCAGUGAAGCAGCACUAGAG